AUGCGGCGCAGUUGUUAUUGGGAUGGAAGAGUUAAUUAUCAUGCUUUUAUGGUUCCGAAGUUUAACGAAAGACCAAAACCGACGGCAAUUUUUUUCCGCGAUGCAAUGGGUUUCGUUCUCAUUUUCGACAUCACCAACGAGCAGUCCUUUCUCAAUAUCAGAGAUUGGCUCUCACAGCUGAAGGUUCACGCAUACUGUGAAGCACCAGACAUCAUCAUAUGUGGCAAUAAGGCUGAUCUUGAAAAUCGACGUCAAGUGAGCACGGCUCGUGCCAAACAAUUGGCCGAUCAACUAGGUAGCAUCGUCCAAGUGAAAUGCGAAAAAGGGUGCAAAGGGCGACUUGCUGGCUUCUCCACCGACCUUCGUAAGGUCUAG